GUGGCGCAGCAAGUCAAUGACAAACUGGAACAAUGCAGAGUCCAAGACCAUCUUCCACCCAGAGCCUAACAAGCCCUACUCGACUGAUCUCUGGGCCCCCGAGAUCCACCAAAUUGGCGGUGCUUGGUGGGUCAUCUUCACUGCCGAUCCCAAUUACGACUCUCCUCCGCCCGAGGUUGAGAUGUGGUGCGAAUACAACUGCCCCGCAGUAAACCAUCGUAUGUUUGUCGUGGUUGGUGAGGGCGAGGAUCCAUGGACUGCCACGUAUCGCUACCAGGGUGAACUCGAGACUUAUGACCAAUUUGCCAUUGAUGGAACGUACUUUCAGCACAAGGACCAGCUGUAUCACAUCUACUCCUGCUGGUACCACAAGUACGACGGCUGGCCAGCGAAUCUCUGCAUCACCAAAAUGUCGGAUCCUUCCACCACAGUCUCGCCUUUUUCGGAGCGCCAGAUCAUCUCGGUACCCGAGUAUGCGUGGGAAAAGACGCCGUUUGGUCGCGCAAUCAACGAUCGGCUUUCGUCCAACGAGGGCCCUCAACAGCUGGUAAAUCCCACCACGGGCCAAAAUUUCCUAAUCUACAGCGCAGCUCGCUCAGACAACCGCAACUACUGCCUCGGGCAGCUUGAGCUUGUAGGCGACGACCCAAUGAACCCAGGCGACUGGCGGAAACACCCAUACCCCGUCUUCUAUCAGAAUCCUAGCGAGUCGGCUUACGGAGUUGGCCAUGCGUCCUUUAUCACUUCCCCGGAUGGCACGGAGCAUUGGAUCAUCUACCACGGCAUGAGAGACCCGACUAAUGGAUGGAGUGCUCGCACGAUUCGCGCCCAAAAAUUCAGUUGGAAUGACAAUGGCACGCCCAAGUUCCCCAAGCCUGGCUAUGGGCCGUAUCCAGUCCCUAGUGGCCAGUAGACUACUGGAUUUCGUUCGAGGGCCAUCAGAUAUCACGACAGCAAUCAUGAUUAGUCUAUUUCUGCGGUUUCCUGCCUACUCUUUUGUUUGCUAGUCCCCUUUUUUUUUCGAAGAAUGGUUUGGUAGGUAUUUGAUAUGUUCAAAUGGUACUUGAUGAGUGCGUCUAGUCUGGAGUCUAGUGUAGUUGGCCUCUGGUUUUUUCUAGCAAAACAAUACUUUAUGUGAGAUGAAAAUGAUGACUGGUGGAGAGAGGAAUGGAAGCAGCACACGCAUAGGGGUAGACAAG